AUGAUUAGAGCUAAAGCCAAACAACUUGUCCCACAUUUUGCUUCAAAUUAUCCAAAAAUUAACGAAUGCAAAUGGAUUGAUAAGUGGCUCGAAUGUUUUAUGCGUCACAAUAGAUUAAGCAAUAGCACAAGUGAUAAUGAAAGUGUUAUUGACUUAACAUUAGAUGAUAGUCUGGGUGAAAAUGAACGUGAAAAUAAAGAAAAUGAGGAAGAUACAUAUUACAACGAUGAAAUCGUUAAAUAUGUUAAU